AUGGAGUUGGUGACGGUCAAGGGUCCCUGUGGCUUUCUCACAAUUCUGCUCCAAGAUCACAUUGGUGGCCUACAAGUUUUGUGGCAAAAUCAGUGGAUCAAUGUUCCCCCUGUUCAUGCUGCUUUGGUAGUUAACAUUGGAGAUAUGCUGCAACUGAUAUCUAAUGACAAAUUGAAAAGCGUGGAGCACCGUGUUGUGGCAAACCAUAGAGGGCCAAGGAUAUCAGUUGCAUGCUUCUUCACUGUUGAUAACUACCCAUCACAAAGAAUAUAUGGCCCCAUCAAGGAGUUGCUUUCACAAGAUAACCCCCCUCUCUAUAGGGAUACAUCAUUACAAGAUUUUAAUGCUUAUUACUAUAACAAGGGACUUGGUGGCAAUUCUGCUCUUUAUCAUUUUUUUGUUGCAAAGAUAAAAUAUGAUAUCACAAAAUAUGGUUUUAGAGAUUAG